AUGAUGUACCUUCUUACAAUAUUCACUGCUGUUGUAACAGCAACAACGGCGAGUUCAGCCUCUGAACCCCCGAGCAGUAUUCCCGGAAAUAUCACCGCCAUCACUGACAAGCUUCUGUUCGACACCACGCUUCGCGACUUUAUCGUGCUCCGGGAGAAUAAAACGCCUCGGACAGUAGACUGGACAAGUGAUGGAUGUACCGGAACGGCGGACAAUCCGUUCAAAUUCCCAUUUUUGCCUGCCUGUCAACGACAUGACUUCGGGUACACCAACUACAGGGCACAGAAGAGGUUCACCCGAAGCGGCAAGCGGAGAAUCGAUGGUCAAUUUCGCACAGACCUCUACUUUCAGUGCCAACAGGUCAAAGCAAGAGGAGUCUGCAAAGCUCUAGCAAAUAUUUACUACGCCGGCGCUCGGUUAUUUGGUGGCAGAGAUCAGAAACCCGGAAAGCGUAUGGAUCAGGAAUCAGUCUCGGAAUACCAGAGGUUGAUUGAAAUUUAUGAGGAGGAAGUCCGAAAGGCGCAGAAUUCGGGAGAUCUUCCCUUGCUCAAGUGA